AUGAGGCUUCUGAUUCUCAUCGCCCUGGCUGCCCUAGCCCAUGGAGACAGUCUCCACUACGUACCUACAGUAACGUCGGCAGGUUUCAUUGCUGACACACCAGAGGUCGCCGCUGCCAGAGAAGCCCACUUGGCCGAGUACACGAGGGCUGCUGCCGGAGUUUCACCCUUGUUUGAUUACGCCGAAUAUUAUAAGUUCUACCCUCAGUACCUGGUGGGAUCCUCGGCAGCCCCCGUCACUCCUGAGGGUUUCUUAGCCGAUACUCCUGACGUAGUCGCUGCCAAGUCCGCCCACUACGCGGAGCACGCCAAGGUCAUCGCUGCCGCCGGGCUGUCUCCUGACUAUCUCUACCAGGAGUACCACAACAGCUUCAGGACAAGUCCUUUCUACAAGAACGCACCCGCCCCCGCCCCCGUGGUUGUCAACACUGAGGGUUUCAUUGCCGAUACACCUGAGGUUGCUGCUGCCAAACAAGCCCACUUUGCUGAGUACGCCAAGGUGGUCGCCAGGGCUUGA